CGAACUCUGAAGCUGACUGUUUGCCGACUCUGCUGGCAGUUUGCUAUAUUACUUGCAAAUUUGCAACUUGUCUGUGCGGGCGACUACCGGCUUCAACUGUCUCACUGAAUUACUAAAUAUUUUAGCUGCCCGGGUCCAAUCCUGAGUUAUAAAGAAGAAGUAUCUUAUAAUUAUUUGGAGCCAUGGCACUUCCAUCAACUUACAAACAAAUAGCCAUAAAUCAACAGUCUCCUGCUCGUGCUCCAGUCACAUUCAACAUUUUGAAAGCGACUAAAACGGGAUCCUAUCAAAAUGAACGUUUAAGACCGGGUGGAAGUUCCAGCCAAUUAUCUGGAUCUAAAGAUCAAAAUCAAAGUCCAUUCAUUCCAAAUAGCCAUGGAAAUCCAGCAUUUCACCCACAAAAAAUAUCAAAAGCUGCUGCGGAUGCUCGUGGUAUUAAACCUCCCAAACCACCGGAAAAACCUCUUAUGCCAUACAUGCGAUACAGUCGUAAAGUUUGGGAUCAAGUAAAGGCAGGUAACCCUGAUUUGAAGUUAUGGGAAAUUGGUAAAAUUAUUGGACAAAUGUGGAGGGAUCUUCCAGAUGAUAACAAACAAGAAUACAUUGAUGAUUAUGAAUCAGAAAAGUUAACCUAUGAAAAAGCUAUGAAGUUAUAUCAUACUUCGCCAGCCUAUUUAGCCUAUCUACAAGCAAAGAAUAAAGGUAAAUUGAAUCAAGUAGAAGAUAGAGAACCACAUGAAAGAUCAACAGGAGGUGGUAAACAAGCUGCAGCAGACCGAAGAAUUGAAAUACAACCGGCUGAAGAUGAAGAAGAUCAAGAUGAUGGAUUCAGUGUUAAGCACGUAGCUUAUGCUAGAUAUAUAAGAAAUCAUAGAUUGAUUAAUGAAAUAUUUUCUGAUAGUGUCGUCCCUGAUGUUCGUUCCGUGGUCACUACUGCCCGUAUGCAAGUUCUAAAGAGACAGGUUCAAAGCUUAACUAUGCAUCAGAAAAAAUUGGAAGCAGAAUUACAACAAAUUGAAGAAAAAUUUGAUACUAAAAAAAGAAAAUUUAUCGAAUGUAGUGACACAUUCCAACAAGAACUGAAAAAACACUGUGUUCAAGCAGUAUCAGAGGAAGCAUUUCAAAAAAUGGUAGAACGCCAGGUUGAGAUAUUGCAAAAAGAACGAACUAAAACUGUAUGCCCACCAGGACCCCCUGAAGAAUUUUCUAAAGUACAUUGUGAACAGCAAUUAGAACAAAAUGGAGCUGUACAAUCUGUUGAGGAAGAUACUUCAUCGUGUGUGGUUGCUUCUAGUACCACUGAUGAUAGUUCAAAUAUGGAAGUUGAGUCUGGUAUAACUUCGGACAGUUCAUCAAAAUCUGAACAACUUGUAUCAGAAACUAGGGAAAAUGGAGAAAUUACAACUUCUCCACCACAACCUUCGCAUCAACCUCAAUUAUUGAAAGAACAGCAGCCAGCUCAAACUCAAUCACAACAAGCUCCACAAUUCCAAGCACAGUCACAAUUUCAUCAGCAAUUAGCUCAAACACAACCUCUGCAGCCUCAGCCUUCUCAACAAUCUCUACAAUCGCCUCAACAACAACUUAUACAGCCACAGCCUUCAUUACAACAAUUGCCGCAAGCACAGUCUUCAUUACAGCAAUUGCCACAAGCACAGUCUACAUUACAGCAAUUGCCACAAGCACAGUCUACAUUACAGCAAUUGCCACAAGCACAGUCUACAUUACAACAGUUGCCACAAACACAGCCAUCGUUACAACAAUUGCCACAAGCACAGUCUUCGUUACAGCAAUUGCCACAAGCACAGCUAUCGUUACAACAAUUGCCACAAGCACAACCUUCAUUACAGCAAUUGCCACAAACACAGCCUUCAAUACAGCAAUUGCCACAAGCACAACCUUCAUUACAGCAAUUGCCACAGGCUCAGCCGGAUAUACAACAACUAAUGCAGCCACAGAGUUCGUUUCAACAAUUACCACAGCAACAAACCCCAGAACAAGUCUCUCCGCAGUCUCAACAACAACACUCUCCUCAACCACAGUUGCAGUCACUGAAUCAUCAUCAACAACAACCUUUGCAGUCAAAUGUACUACAGCCACAAACUCCACAGCAACAGUCUUUACAGCCACAACCUUCUCAACAACAGCCUUUGCAACCAAAUUCUCCUCAGCAACAACAUUUGCAGCCAAGUUCUCCUCAACAACAACCUUUGCAGUUACAUACUCCACAGCAACAACCUGUACAGCCACAUACUCCACAGCAACAACCUAUACAGCCACAUGUUCCUCAGCAACAGUCAUUACAACCAAAUCCUCCACAACAACAGCCUUUACAGCCAAAUCCUCCACAACAACAGCCUUUACAGCCAAAUCCUCCUCAACAACAACAGUCUUUACAGCCAAAUCCUCCUCAACAACAACCUUUGCAGUCAAAUGUUCCGCAGCAACAGCUUUUACAACCACAUCCGCCUCAACAACAGCCUUUACAACCACAUCCUCCCCAACAACAUCCUUCACUGCCACAUAAUCCCCAGCAAAAUUCUUUACAGACUCAACUUCAACAGCAGCCACUAACUCCACAACAACAGCCUUCCGUACAACCUCCAUCAAUUCAAACACCUCCGCAACAACAAUCUCCACAGCCACAGGCACAACAAUUACCCUCCCCGCAGAUACAACAAUUGCAGUCUUCACUUCCUCAACAAUUACAAACUCAACAGACUCAAGUGCAAAUAUCACAACCGCCUCCACCACAGCCUCAAUUGCAACCAACACAAUCUCAACUGCAACCACCACAAUCUCAACCACAGCCCCCUCCAGUCAUGGUGCCGCCACCACCUUCUAUUCCACCAGCAUUAGGAUCAGACUCACCUUCAAAUGUUGUUUCAUCAACUACAGAAUCACCGCCAAAAUUACCCGAACCUAAAGCUUAUUCUGCUCCUUCAACUCAACAAUACCCAGCAUUAUCACAGUCUUACACUCAAGUGCCUUCAUUUCAACUUUCGCAGAACUCUCAAGUUAAUGUUCCAAAUGUAUAUUCACCAAAUCAAGCUCCUUCAAAUGCUGCUCCUCCACAACAUCCACAUUCAGGUAUGAUGCAGCCGCCUCAAAUUCCCCCUCCUUCUCAAGGCGCACCAUCGUCAACUCCAUCAACUGGAUUUCCUCCAUAUCCACAACAGCAACCUUAUUCAUCUCAAGCAAUGCCACCCAGGCCUUACACAUACCCUCCACAACCAUAUCCUCAGUAUACACCCCAUCCAUACUAUCAUCAAGCGCCUUAUCAACAAUAUCCGCCGCCACCUCCACGUGUAGCAUAUCCUCAACAAAUAGGUACUGUUAAUCAAGAUGCAAAUCAACCACCGCUUGAAAAUAUGUAUAAUGCACCUUCAAUGUCUGGUCCAUCUGAAAAACCAAAUGAUGAAAAUAAGCAAUUAAUUGACGAAGUGAAAUCUACUGAACCAAACACAGCACAUGAAAAACUGGCUGAACAAGAAGAAACAGUUCCGCCCCAACCAUCUUCAGCAAAACUCGAUGAAGUUUCACAAUAAUAUAUUUAUAAAUGUUAAAUUUUUUUUUAUUAUAUUUCAUUAUGAAUCUAUUGUGCUAAGUUUAAAAAAAAGGACUAGAAUUUGUAUCAUACUACAAUAUUGAAAGAAUAUUAAUUUUAAAAUGAUUUAAUCAGAUUAUUUACAGAAAAACAUUUUUUAGAUUUAGAAUAUACUAUGGGCAAUGGUUUUAAUUAACAAAAUCUUGUUUUAUUUUUCCCUCAACUUAUGAGCUAUCUGAGUUUUUCAUUAUAUUGGUAACAUAAUUUGUGUAGCCUGAUUAUUUUGUAAUUUCAAAUAAUGUAUUUAAAAAAAUAUAUUUACUGUAUACAAUUGUUUCUAAUUAAAACAAAAGUGAAAUUA